AUGAGGCUAUCUAUGCAGAAUUCAAUCGUUAAUAUGGCAGAAUUCAUGCACGCAAGUGCAGAAGAACAAGAAGAAAGUCUACAUGAUGAGGAAUUGGAGUCUGCACCAGCAGCAUUGGAUGACUCAUUGCCGAAAGUAGAGGACCCUUUGCAGGAAAUAAACUUGAGCACGGAAGAUGAUCCCAGGCCUACUUUUAUCAGUGCUUUGCUAGAGGAACCAUUGAAGGGUGAAAUCGUUGCACUUCUACAUGAUUUCAGAGAUUGUUUCGCAUGA